UUCUCGAGCUUUAGUUUACAGUGUUAUUAGCCGUGCCCUCAGCACUUUAACUCCAGCUCCGCUUUAAAUCCCGCAAUAAACCGAAUUAAUCCGGUUUAUUAUUGAUUACUCCGGUUUAUUGUUGAUCAGUUCGGUUAUUUAUUGAUUAAUCCGGUUUGUUUUUUAAUUAAUCCGGUUAUUUAUUAGUGAGGAAUCGCUCGGCGGGGGUCAGUAAUUAGCCGGUUAGCUCGGGGUUAGCUGUGAGCUAACUGUUAGCAUUAGCUGUUAGCUGUUUCCCUGGUGUAGUGGAUGGGGUUAGCCUGUUAGCCGCUAGCCGGGAUGGAGUUCAGUGUGCGGCGGCUGGCGGCGGACGCGGGGACUCUGUUCAGCCGGGCUGUGCAGUUUACGGAGGAGAAGUUGGGUCAGGCUGAGAGGACCGAGCUCGAUGCUCACCUGGAGAACCUGCUCGGCCGAGCCGAAGCUACUAAACACUGGACAGAGAGAGUGAUGAAGCAGACCGAGGUUCUGCUGCAGCCCAACCCCAAUGUCAGGAUGGAGGAGUUCCUGUACGAGAAGCUGGACAGAAAGCUGCCGACCCGAGCCAACAAUCACGAGCUGCUGGGGGAGUGCAUGAUCGACGCUGGACACGAGUUCGGGCCAGGGACGGCCUAUGGCAGCGCUCUGAUUAAGUGUGGGGAGGUGGAGAAGCAGCUGGGCAGCUCUGAGAAAGAGUUCAUCCACAGCUCCGCCAUCAACUUCCUCACCCCAUUCAGGAACUUCAUCGAAGGAGAUUAUAAAACCAUAUCCAAAGAGCGGAAGCUGCUGCAGAUAAAGCGUCUGGAUCUGGAUGCGGCUAAAACCCGGGUGAAGAAGGCCAGAGCAGCCGAUGCUCGAUCAGCAGAGCUAAGCUCCGCCCCCCCGCAGGGAGAGGAGUAUGUGGCUCACUUUUCUUAUUUUUUCAGCUUCUUGCAUGUCAGGUGGUUGAAGGUGUGGGCUGAGGAGGUCCACCAGGCGGAGACGGAGUUGAGGAUAGCUCAGAGCGAGUUUGAUCGUCAGGCUGAGAUCACCAGGCUCUUAUUGGAGGGAGUCAGCAGCACUCACGCGCAUCACCUGCGCUGCCUCAACGACUUCGUGGACGCUCAGGCUUCGUACUACGCUCAGUGCUACCAGUACAUGGUUAAUCUCCAGAAACAGCUCGGCAGCUUCCCCGCCACGUUCAGCUCGAAUAAUAACGCACUUACAGCCACUUCCUCCGCCAGUGUCUCGGUGGCUCCGCCCACUCUGACCCCGGCGCCGACCCCAGGCCAGGCGUCGCCGUCGCUGAACGAACUGCGGAGCUCCUCAGGUCCACGCAAAGCUCGCGUUCUGUACGAUUACGACGCAGCCAGCAGCAGCGAGCUCUCGCUACUCGCCGACGAGGUGAUCACGGUGAGCAGCGUCCCGGGCAUGGACUCUGAUUGGCUGAUGGGCGAGCGAGGUCAUCAGAAAGGAAAAGUGCCGAUUACCUAUCUGGAGCUGCUGAAUUAAACAGGAAACCGUAGAUCUGAGGAGAGUGAGGGGUGAAUUCACAAACACAGAUUUAUCCAUUUAUCAAUUAGCCAAAUUUAUUUUACGCCAAAUAUCAGAAUCGGCCAAUAGGAGGAGAGCUGAGGGACACUACACACGGACAAUCCUCAGUUUAGGAUAAAAGAUCUGAUCUCCAUCUGCUGCGUCUGUAGUGUAGAGCUGAGUACGGUCAACAUUGCUAAAAUGAUGUUUCGAAUUUUCCUAGAAGGUUAGCAGCUAAUGCUAAAAUGAUGAAACUGGCACUCAUCAGGGACGCAGAUAAGAUAAGAUACCUAAAUGCUUCACAGAGUGAAGAAUUUAAACAAAUAAAAGAUAAUUUCACCCAGAAGGAAAUUUACAGACAGAAAUAAAACUUUGUGGGUAGUUUGACCUUUGUGACACAUGCAAAUAAUUAGCGAGGUUAGCAGCUAAUGCUAAUGCUAAUGCUGUUUUAGCCUUAGUGCUGGAGAAACUUCACUAACAGCUCCCUCUUAUAACUCUGUACUUCAGCAGUGUGACUUUACUGCUCAUAAGGCGCACUGUCGAUUUUUGGGAAAAUUAAAGGAUUUAAAGUGAAGUGCGAAUACUAUAAAAUACAUUAAAAUGAUGAAACUGGCACUCAUCAAGAUCGCAGAUAAGAGCACCUAAAUGCUUCACAGAGUGAAGAAUUUAAACAAAUAAAAGGUAAUUUUACCCAGAAGGAAUCAACCGACAGGAAUACUAGAACUUGGUGGCUUGUUUGACUUUUGUGACUCAUGCAAAUAAUUAGCGAGGUUAAUGCUAAUGCUAAUGCUAAUGGAAAUCUAAUAUUACUGUAAAUAAACGGAAGUGCUUUACUCACCCAAAUAAACAGUUUUCAUGAGAGAAAUCUGUGUAGUUUAACGUCCAGCACUUAUUUCACUUUGAAAUAAAUUGUUUUUUUUUUAAGAAUUACAGUUUUGUUUACUUAGAUUAGCUUUACUUAACUUAGUUAGCUACCCCCACCACCACCCAUCGGUAAAACCUGCUGAAUUAGAAGUUUCUUAUAGUGUCUCUUAAAAUGCACCUUAUAAUCCGAAAAAUACAGUAAUACAACAACCGCCUUUAACACCACGUCAACCCUGUCGCUGAAGUUUUUUUUUUUUUUUUUUUAUAAAGAUUUUUUUUUUGUUAUUUUUUGUUUUCUAGUUAUUGGUAAUAAUUGACUGCACGCUACAGAUACUGUUAGUGCCAGCACUGUUGGCAGACGGCUGUAGGACACAGUACUACAUACAUGCACACAAUGCAGAUUAAUACAACGACCAUCCUUAACACCACGUGAACCCUGUUGCCGAAGACUAAAAUUAGCUAAUUUUUAGUGUAUUUUAAUGCAAUUCCUUUCAAUACACUUCCUUCUGGGUGAACUAUGACAAUUAGUUCUUAAUAAGAUAAAAAUGAUCGUACGAAGUAUAUUAUACUGUAGAUUAGGACUCCCUCUAUCACUAGUGAUUACCCAGACUCCGCCUCUUUUUGAUUUGCUGCCGAGUUCCAUAACAGCUGCUCUAUUAGACUUCUAUAAGAAGUGUUUCUUUUUGUUGUUAGAUUUUUAAGUUAUUUUUAGUUAUUUUUUUGGUUUGUGUCUGUCCAGACAUUAAAAAAUCAAUCUGAAUUCAAACUAGAUUUGCCCAAAAUUGGAUUUUAUUUGGAUUCUUUUUCAGUCUGUUCAGACUAUUAGAAGCCAUUAUGUGGAUAUAAUCCAGAAAUGCGCCAUGUUUUCUGGCUGUUCAAACUAUCGAAUAAUCUGGAUUUAAUCUAGCUUUGCAAAAAUAUAUAUUUUUUGUGGUUUGCGUCUGUCCAGACUUUUAAAAAAUAAUUGCUUUUUAGUUAUUGGUAUUAAAUUGACGGCAAGCUACAGAUGCUGUUAGUGUCAGCACCGUUGGCAGACAGCUGUAGGAUGCAGUACUACAUACACGCACACAAUACAGAUUGAUACAACGACCGCCUUUAACACCACGUCAACCCUGUCUCUGAAGACAGUGAAUUUUGAGUGAAUUCCAAUGCAAUUCCUUUUAAUACACUUCCUUCUGGGUAAACUAUUAGUUCUUUAAAAAUAAGUCUUAAUAAGCUAAAAAUAAUCGUCCGAAGUUUAUUAUACUGUAGAUUAGGACUCCGCCACUUUUUGAUUUGCUGCAGAGUCGCAUCACAGCUGCUCGUUGACUUCUAUUAGAAGUGUGCUUUUUUUUUUUUAGAUUGUUUUGUUAUUUUUUGCUAUCUAGUUAUUGGUAAAUAUUGACUGCACGCCACAGAUGCUGUUAGUGCCAGCACCGUUGACAGACGGCUGUAGGACACAGUACUACAUACAUGCACACAAUGCAGAUUAAUACAACAGUGAACAACAACAGUGAAUUUCAAUGCAAUUUAAAUUAUUAAAAUUAGUGCUUUUAUAAGCUAAAAAUGAUCGUACGAAGUUUAUUAUACUGCAGAUUCAGCAGACAGAGAUCAGAUUCAGAACUUUAAGCUGGAGAGUUCCUGUAUUUGGUGUGAUUUUACUGUACUGUGAAUGCCGUGCUGUGAGUGAAUUAUUCCCCCAAGUGUGAACAGGUGUGUGUUAUUAUUAUUUAAUGUAGCGUAAAUCAAUAGCAAUAGCUGACACACUGCCCCGCCCCCUUUCCGCCAUCCCUCCCUCAUUACAGUACAUGUGCCUCCAUGAAUACAUGAAAGCCUUACAUUCACUUUACACAACAUUACAGUGCAUUAUUCUCUCAUUUCUGUGCCAAAUAGAGUUUUUUAUUAUUAAAUAAUACUAACUACUGUUAAAGUAACUGCCGUUGUGAGCUAAAAUGCUUUAAUAAAUAUUAUAUUGAGUGA